UUAAAAUGUCCGGAAUUGGAAGUGUUCUCGUAUCUAUUGCAAACGCAAAUAUUGACGUGCAGAAUGCUUACCUAAAUGCUCUUGAUUUGAACUUUCGAGCCACAGAAAACUCCAUUUCACAAGUUCACACAAUCACUUUGUUGCUUUCACGUAACAAAACUAGACACUUUGGGUUAAGAUUUUUGAUUAAAUUUCUUAGAAAAUGUCCUGAAAAUGCUUUUGUCCAAAAAGUCACGUUAUGGUUAACAACAACCAUCAAGUGCUGUAAUCUAACAGAAAUUGCUUCAUACGGUGAACUUAUUUUCGAGUCGUUGGCGCGGCUUCUAAUUAAAAUAAAAAAUAUACCCGAUGUGUCAAAGUGGUUUGCAUCCACGUGUCUUUUAAAAUUUUAUGGGACCCUUAGGCUUUUGAAGAAGCAAACUACAGUGUCCUGCACGUCAGCAGCGCUAAAUGCUUUGAAACAAUGUAUAAAACAGUAUCCUGGUCCCAGUAAAUCGGGCAAACCUAUAAUUGUGGAGUAUUUAUUAACGUUAAUAGAUCACAGUGAUUCAGAUGUUAUAUAUCAAUGUGGAGAAUGUUGGCUAUUGCUACAACAAGUACGUGGAUUUUCUGAUCACCUUAGAGGAUUCAAUGAAAAGACAGAAUGGCUGGAUUACCAAAUGGGAUUACUGGAUAGCGUCCAUAGUCUUUUACACGAUUCAUUUCCAAGCCUUUAUAAUGAGCUUGUUUUACCACAGGGUAAUAAGAAAUUUGAAUUUUUUACGAUAACAUUGGUUGGAGAUCCCAUUGUUAGGUCUGCGCAGGCAUUCCGCAGGCUUUGCAAUCUCAUUGAAUAUUUUAAAAUUGCUCUAUGUCAACCAUAUCCCUCAACUAAACUGAUUCGUCCCAUGCCUAUCUUGGAGUUUAUACAGCGUGGCUUAGAAUUAAGUUACGUUGAUGCUGCGAAUAAUACAAAUUUGGACGAUUUAUGUUUGGGGAUAUUCCUACCUCAAAUUCAUGUUAAGUUACUCGAGCUUUUAGAAAUGUUGAUUGACAUCUGCCAAACUCAUUUACGGAUGAACUUCCGAAUGAUUACCAAUAUUUUGGUGGAGACACUUAAAAGAACAAGGAAGUCUUCAUUGGGCGCAACUCACAUUCAUUUGUUAAAUUUGCGAUCUAAGGUCUAUAAAGUCUUCUUGCUUUGGAUAUCUGUUAUCAGAGAGGGAAGUGGCUGCGAGCAGAUUGUAGAAUGUCUUGUAAAAGAAAUAAUGGAAGAUGUCAAAAUCAAACGAAAAGAUGGUCAUACUGUGAGUGUUUCAAAGCAAAAAGAUACCGCCGGAAAUAAACGUAAACAAAACAAUAAUGCGAAAGUAGAGACAUCCCAAAAAAAAGAAACAGAACUAUAUUUAGACAAAGUUAUCGUUUGUACUGAAGCUUUACGUUGCCUACAAGCAAUUCUAAUUUCUUCGAGCUAUUUAUUGAAGCCCCAUGUUCUUAAGGAGACCUAUUUGACGAUCUUUGAAGUCUGUGCCUCUAAUUACGAAAAACGCAUAAGUCUGGAUAAUAUGUACAAUAAAUCGGAAUGCCGUCUCGAAAUGUAUAGAGCAUUAUUUACACUAACAAAGUUAAGAAAUCUUUGUCAUCCCCCGUGUACGGAACUGAUUCUGUAUUUGCUUGACGCAGCUUGUACAAAAGAUUCAUGUUCUAUCAUACGUACAUCCUGUAAAAUUAUGUUAAGCACAAGUGAAUUAGUGAUACAUCCACAUAAGGAAAAUUUCGCAUUUAAAACGAAACUGCAAAAUACACUUACUGAACAUCCUCAUCUAAAUGCUAUGCUACCGAAUCCCAUUCAUUCCGAGGAGAUGCGGAAAUGUCAAAAUAUGUUUACAUCAAGUAUUUUAAGCAAAGAUGAUGAACAAAAGUACACACAAAACUCCGGGGAUAAUCAAAAUAAUGGCAUACGAAUAAUAACUAAGAAUAUAUCUUUACAAAACGACCAGAUCACUGUUGAAGAUGAGUUUGUUGCAACCAAAAAUACAGUAAUCGACACCAAAAUACCUGUAUACACUUGCUCGAAACAUACAAAAAAUGAACUUAAGAGAAAGGAUAAUAUUAUUAUACAGCAAACAUUUCCUGUUUUGAUUGGGGUUGAGAAACCAAUUGAGCGUGAGGCGAAGAUUAACCAAGAAGAUAAUGAAUGCAUAGAUGAGUUGCAGGGGAUGUUUGUUGACGAACUAAAGUAAAGCUUAACAAAUGGAUAAAAUAAAAAUAAUUGAA